GAGACAGGGCAGGAGGAGCGCAGAUCGCCAUCAGUACAGGGCGAGCAGGAGCGCCGAGCCAUUCAUUCGGCGGACCAGCACAGCAAGCACGGUAGUACGUAGUACAGCGCGGCGACUCCCUCCCCACACGGCGAGGGCGAGGCACACCGCACCGCACCGCACCACAAGCUUGCUGGGAAACCAGCACCGCGUCGCGCCCCGCUUCAUAACUCCGCAUGUCCGCAUCCCCGUCCAUCCCCAUCCUUAAGUCCAGAGGCAGGCUCGACCUGGACCCGAGUAGCUGCUCCACCACCCCAGCCGAUGCCUCCCCGAUCCCCAUGGCGCCGCGCGUCGUCGGGGCCCUACUGACCGCCACCGCCCUCCUCGCCCCGCUGCUCCUCUCCUCCCAGCUUCCUUCCCUGCCCAGAGCGGCCGCCGCGGGCUCACCGGCCCCCGCGCCGGCGCCGGCGCCGGCGUCCCACCACCACUUGCCCCCGCCACGCCGCGUCCCGUCGCCCGCGAACAACGGAGCCCACGCCCGACAGCCGCCGCCGCCGCCGAGGCAUCAGCGAGACGGUGCCGCACGCCAUGCUCCCCCUCCGACGGUGAGGCCGUCAGCGUGGUGGCGCCAGCUCAACUUCGGCGAGCGGUUCGGGGUCGCGCUCGCCGCCGUGGCCGCCGCAAUGCAGGUGGCGCUCGUCGCGCUCCUGCUGGUCCUGCGCGCGCGGCAGCUGCGGCGAGCGGCGGCCGCGGGGAAGGCCGAGGAGGAGGAGCAGGAGGCUGCAUCCGCUGCUGCGUCGCGGCCCGCGCCAGCGUGACCGACAGCUACGGUUGUUCGGCCGACUUUCCCUGGGCGUACGGCAGGCAGGGCGGCGUGUCGGCGCGGACACCGUCAAUUGCGUGACACCAUGAGUUGCGCUGCCCGCUCCGCUCCGCUAGGACGAGGUUACGAUACGGUCAGUGCAGUGGUGCAUUAUUGUCUGCACUGUCACACUCCGAAUAGUCGCAUGAUGGCUGUGUACCGACGACGCUGAUUUAUCCCACUCACCUAUCGGGCCGUCGCAUCGGCGUCGACCCAGCACAGCAAACGCGUCCCACGUCCCUCGAGGCUCUUGUCAUGGAUUUUUCAAAUAUGAAUUUGUGUGGAGAUGUUCGUCA